GGUAGAACCAAUGGCUCGGUUAAGAUGUAUUGCGUUGGUCAUUGCUAUGAACGUAUUGAUGUGCGUUCUUGCAGAAGAGCUCUAUCCCAAUCGAUAUGAUUACGUCGAUAUUCAGUCUAUUCUUCAAAACAAGGAUAUACGAGAAGAAUAUUAUAAUUGCUUUAUGGAACUAGCACCGUGCACAACACCAGAACAAAAGGGCAUAACAGAGAUGUUCAGUGAAGCUUUCCAGACUAAAUGCAGGAGAUGCACUAAAAAACAAAUAGAAAAUAUGGACAUGGUAACCAACUGGUUCGUAACGCAUGAACCCGAGAGAUGGGAAUUAAUAGUUGCGAAGACUGUAGAGAAUAUGAAGAAAAAAGCUGCUAAAAACACAGAUGGAUAAUGCAUACUUUAUUCGAAUUUUUCUAGUUUUAAUUUAAAUAUAAUAUAAUAGCAUGUAUAGUAUGACUUACAAUUGGAUAAUAUAAAUAAUAUGUGUGAAAGGUAUCGUCUAAUGGGAUUAAA